AUCUGGAAGCUGGCCCUCCUCAAUUCUUGCCUGCUAGACGGGCAGUGCUCGGUGGGCUCGCUUUGGUGGGUUUGCUGGGUUUGCUGGGCUGUUGAAGUGCUUUUUUCUUCUUGGAUCUGACUCGUCGACUUGGUUUGGCAUCCCGAGAACCCGAGAACUAAAUAAGGGAUUGGCCUUCAUCGCGUGUGGGAGGGAAGAGCGAGUGAGUGAGUGGGGCACGGAGAGACAUUGAAAGAGUGAGUGUACCACGGAUCCCCAGCACCACGGCCUGAUCACGGGCCAGCUUGAGACGCCCCGAAUUGAAGAGCGGUUGUUCACUCUGAAUAUCGAUCAACGGGAAGUGCAGACUUGAUAGGAGGCCUCUGAAAUCUCCGAAAUCCUUGAGAGGUGAAGGUGAGAAACUCACUGCGGAUCUGUCAGUUGUUGGUACCGCGUGAUUGGUCUUUGUCUAUCACACAAGUCUCAAGUACAAGAAAUUCUCAGGAGUGUUGGCCAGAGCGGAAACGACUUUGCCUUGUUCCACACCACGAGCAUCUUUUACACAUUCAGAGAUAAGACGUUGUGUGACUUCAUAGGACCUGUUGCCUUCGUCCGAGAUAAGACUGAGUAAAGGAAGCCAAGAGGUGGGACACAAAAGACGCUAAUAAUUUCGUUCACACCUAUUCCUGGACGAGAUUGAAAGGUUUAGCGGGCACAAUGCAGGCUAUCAAAUGUGUGGUGGUGGGCGAUGGUGCCGUGGGAAAAACCUGUCUCUUGAUCAGUUACACAACAAACGCCUUCCCUGGGGAGUAUAUCCCUACAGUGUUCGACAACUACUCGGCCAAUGUGAUGGUUGAUGGGAAGCCCAUUAAUUUGGGAUUAUGGGAUACGGCCGGACAAGAAGAUUACGAUCGACUACGACCUUUGUCUUACCCACAAACAGAUGUCUUCCUGAUAUGCUUUUCUCUGGUCAAUCCCGCCUCAUUCGAAAAUGUGAGGGCCAAAUGGUAUCCCGAAGUACGUCACCAUUGCCCCAGUGUCCCCAUCAUCCUGGUCGGUACGAAGUUAGAUCUUCGAGACGAGAAGGACACCAUCGACAAACUCAAGGAGAAGCGCUUGUCACCCAUUACAUAUCCCCAGGGCUUGGCUAUGGCCAAGGACGUUGGAGCUGUGAAAUAUUUAGAAUGCUCUGCCUUGACGCAAAAGGGUCUCAAAACGGUAUUCGACGAAGCAAUUCGAGCGGUGCUGUGUCCAGCUCCCAAGCCUAAACCCCGGCGGAAAUGCAACCUCCUCUAACCCAACCCCUCCCCCUCACUCCUCCCACCCGCACUGAGUAUGCGAACCAUCCACGGGGUCAAGCCACCGAAGCUGUGGAGUGACCCCGCCCGUUCUUGGCUAGCCUUGUGAGAGAGGUGUGUCUUCAGUGCUACAAGUGAUAACGCAAUAAGAGAGUUACGCGGCAUUAUUAACAAAUGUAUCAUGAUAUCUACGAAUAACCCUGGAGUGUCUUUGGGUCUCCUUUUCUACGAAUAAGAGCUGAACGCUUGUUGGGGCAGUGGUGGUCUCGGCUCCUUCGACGACAACGAAGGAUGAAAAGUGAAUGUGACGGCAGUGUAUUACAUUCUACCCCUUGCAUCUGAGUGCCUCGAACAGUUAUGUCCAUACGAUCCGGAACAAUUUGCCGUGGUUUGGGAGCCUAGUCUGAAUUUGGACCCUGGCUAGUGUAUUUUUUUCUACCGUCUCGCAACACAAUUUCCUGAAAUUCAGAUUUGUAAACGGGAUCCAAACCUAACCCGAAAUUCUAACCCAAGCUGCACCGAUUAUCCGAGGCUUUUGGUCAUUCAACAACCCGAUUGACCGUGUGUCCUAAUGCCAAUUUAUACAAAGCAAAGAAGCAAAUAUAGCUCGCCUAUGGUAAUA